GAAAAACGAAAAACGAAAAACGAAAAGGCUUUCUGGCUAGGGUUUGUUAUCUGCAACAUCUGUGUGAAUGGCGAGCCUCACCGCGGAAGGAUGGGAGUCCAAAUUGGAGGAUGGUGCGCCGCCAGAUAAAAGGCCUCGAAUUGAAUCCGGUGACAGUGGCGACAAAUCUAUUUGUGAAGGUGGAGACGAUAGCGACAAAUCAGCCGGAGACGAAGGCGAAAAAUCUGUUUGGGAAGGUGGAGACGAUCGGAAAAUACCUGUAGCCGAUGAUGAGUAUUACAGCGAUGAGAUGCCCGACGAUGUAUAUGAAAAAUAUGCUAGACAGAUUAACGAGAGCGAGUGUUUCGAGGUCGGGGACUUCAGGCAAUAUUUCAUGUAUAAUAUGGUGGUGCCUGUUGAUAUUAAUGACUACUAUCAGAAUUUCAUCACUCCUUUCGCAGAGUUGGGGAUAAAGCAGUUCAACAAGGAUGAGAAUGCGAAUUUUGAGUUUGUGAGGCUUGUGAAUCUUACCGCAAGGGUUGUCCGUGGUACCAAUUUUUACGCUACCUUUGAGGCAAAGGAUGUUGAUGGCAGUCAAAUUAAAACCUUCCAAGCUCUGGUGUUGUCAGCACCAGGACGUGAGAAAGACGAGCUCAUAUUUUGCAGGCUGAAACCCCCACCCACCAAAAAGCAAGGAACUGAGCAUGAGCAGGUAGGGCAAAGCCUCACCUGUUGCUGAUCUGUCAUCUGAGGCAUUGAAGAGUUGAUAGCUAUGGGUACUAUGCUAAUGGGACUGUAAAAAAGGUGGUUUUAUUUGAAUGAAACAAAAUUAGGUAAAGGUUUUGGAACCACUAAAUAUAUGUUAAUAUUGAGUUAGUGCUAUAGUCUAUUCGAAUGUUUUAUUUGUGGAGUGGAAGUGUGGAACAGUGUAUAUUUGACAGCUUAGCUUAUAUAUUUAUGUGGAUUUUUCUGACUAGAUAUUGC